AUCGUAAAAAAUGGGGGAAAUUUUGUCUGUAGAUCACGAGACCCAGCUCAUCUCUUUCUCUCUCUGUCUAUCAACAUUUGUCUCUGAAAUGAUCGGAACAAAAAAAUAAUUUCAAAUUCUAAUCCCCUCGAUCAGAUCCAAUACCCUGAAAAACCUGCAUUUCUGCGAUCUGAUUGAAAACUUUAAAUCCGUAAGCAUUUUCUGAAAAUUUUUUUUCUUUGCCUCUUUUCAUUUUUUUUUUGUAUAUAUAGAUAGGAAAUUUUAGAUUUUGAGGUUUUAAAUAUCGGCAUUGUCGAAUUUUGGAGGAAUUAUCAGUUAAAAGAGGAAAUCUGUCAUCGUUUUUGAGUUAAGAGAUGGCUUCGAUGUCUUCCGUCAGCGAGGAGCUUACAGAGAUCGAGGGACAAGUUUCUGAUAUUUUCCGAGCUCUAUCAAAUGGGUUUCAGAAAUUGGAGAAGAUUAAGGAUACGAGUAGGCAAAGUAGACAGUUGGAGGAGCUCACCCAGAAGAUGCGCGAUUGCAAAAGGCUUAUUAAAGAGUUUGAUAGAGAAUUGAAGGAUCUGGAUUUCAAAAUUGAUUCAGAGACCAGCAAGAUUUUGAAUGAAAAGAAGCAAUCAAUGAUAAAAGAAUUGAACUCAUAUGUUGCACUGAAAAAGCAAUAUGCAAGCAAUCUUGAGAACAAGAGGGUGGAGCUUUUUGAGGGGCCAGGUGAAGGAUUUGCCGAAGACAAUGUAUUGCUAGCUUCUUCCAUGUCGAAUCAACAAUUAAUGGAUCAUGGAAACAAGAUGAUGGAUGAAACAGAUCAAGUUAUUGAGAGAUCAAAAAAGGUUGUCCAUGAGACCGUUAAUGUCGGGACAGAGACUGCAGCUGCUUUAAAGGCACAGACUGAACAAAUGAGUAGGAUCGUUAAUGAGUUGGAUUCCAUUCAUUUCUCUAUAAAGAAGGCUUCGCAGUUGGUCAAGGAAAUUGGUAGGCAGGUUGCAACUGAUCGAUGCAUUAUGGGCUUGCUCUUCCUCAUCGUGGUUGGUGUGAUAGCCAUCAUAAUUGUGAAGAUUGUGAAUCCACACAACAAAGACAUUCGGGAUAUUCCUGGAUUGGCACCUCCAGCCCCAAGCAGAAAAUUACUUUGGAACCCUAAUUGAAGACCUCUCUCUUCUCUGCAAAUAGCUGCAGCAGGUUAUUUGCAUUUUGUGUGCAAUGAUGGAUAGUGCUAUCUUGUGACAUUGUUGGAGGAACCUGAUGUGCGCAUUGGGUAUAUCAUUGCCGUCGGGUGCCAAAGAUGUGCCGAAACCAUCUUUGCCAGCCAGAUUUCAUCAGUAACAAUCCCUCAAACAUUCUUGUGUCUAGCUGACUAGGUCUAAUGGGAAAUUCUUUGUAUUUUCGUUUCAUUUUUCUUACUUUAUAAAAAACAUUCCCAUUCGAGUGAGAGAAAUAGAAAUACACACGGCUUCCUUUGUAAUAUUUUAUACUUCAAGGUUGUAUUACUACUAAGUAUAUUUGGCUACGCACUGUCAGUUUACCUCGAAACAUUUUUUUGUA